AUGGCGAGAAUACCUCGUGCCUACGCUGAGCCGAGCACGGCCGGCGGAUGGGGUGAUCAGCAGAUCUUCGUCGUCUCCGUUAUCGGUGUUGUUGCUGUAUUGGCCGUGACAGCAUGCGUUGUCGCCGAAAUCAGACUGAGCAUAAAGACAAAAAAAUGGUUGGCCGAAGUGAACAAGGCCGUUACAGAAAGCGUGGUUCUUCAACAGAGGAUCACGUUUCUCACAGGUGAGUUGCGGCGGAGGGACCAGUACAUAUCUCGCCACAUUCUGCAGCAGCGCAAUGGGCCCUAUCAAGCAGGUCCUCCUAUAGCUCCCCAAGCAGCUCCCCAAGCAGCUCCUCAGCCAGCUCCUCAGCCAGCUCCUCCCGCAGCUCCUCCGGCAUCGCCGCCAAAUGUUGCGGAGAGCCAUCGUCCUGGUCAGUCGCUCUACGAUGAACUCACUGCGAAUCGGUAUGGACCCAUCCGGGCCAUAUAUGAUGCAGAAGACAUUACCGACGCUGACAGCGAUGGAGAUGAUGACGAGCGAUGGUGGCGCUUCAGUGGGUUCAGCCAAGGGUCGAUUCAAUCCGCGAGGACCGCGGUCGUCGUGGAUGAAGGGGACAUCGCGAUGGUACCAGUGCGAUCCAGGCACGGUACCGAGAACCGCGAAGUCGCCGACGGUUUUGACGACGUAGAACUUGUUGGUGACUCCCAAGCGCAGGGUCGACGGGGCGAGGAAACCCCUCGCCAACAGGCCCAGGCCCAAGAUGCGCAUUCCCCGGCCCGCUAUUGGAAUCCUCCGGAGGCAGUCCAUUCUCGCCAGCAUGACCAACCAUCGUGGCCACUACCAUCACCGGGGGGAACGCUCUAA